AAGAACUGCGCCUGUAAUCUGCGUGCCGGCGACCCGCCAGCCAGUACUACACUUGUCCACUGACCAUCACUAUCAUGCCCACUACUAAAUCUUCCACGCUCUUUUCUCGUUCUAAUCCUGUUCCAUUCUCAAACAUAACCAAUGUGCAGGACGUUUCCGUGCCUUCGCAAAUCAAGAAACAAGCUUCGCAGGACCCCGCCAACGUACAGGACUUCUGUCUCCACAAUGAUCCUUUUCACUCCAUGUCUGAUUCUUACUACUGCUCUGAACUUGAAACUAUGUUUGGCUUCGCGUUCUUCGAAGACCUCGAUAACUUUUCUGUGUAUCGUCGCGGUGGCCAAACUCUCUCAGUGGCUUCAAGAUCGGUUUCUCGCUCACCAGAGGUGUUUAGGCUCGAAGAAGUUCUUGGAGGGGAAGAGGCGAGCUGUGACUUGGUAGAAACGGAUGUGGAACGGACACCGAUGUGCGAGUCCCCGGUCAUACUCUUACCACCAGUUUCCAAGGCUUUGCUUGGGAUCGUAGUCACUCCUCCUACUCCCACUAAACCAGAUUGUAAUCAUCAGCAAAAGCGCAUUAACUCAACGUUCUGGAUAUCUGAUAACGACUGGAAUGCGUCCGGCGAUGCUGCCUCAGAAUCGGACUCGGAUACGACCAGUGUUGAUGUCUUUGAUUGGAAUGCCCCUGGUGACGCAAUACUCGAGUUUCAGACAUGGGACGUCUACGGAGGAAUUGCGAUGGAUUUCCACGACAGCCAUGAGGCGGAGUGUAGUUCGUAGAAGCGACAACAUGUUUGCGAUAUGAGGGACGGUUGUACUAAAUUCACGCUCGUUUUCUAGUAUCACGUUCAGUGAGUAUUGUAGAGGCGUGUAUGCUCGUGUGUCAUUACAUUUGAUUCCUUCCUUCGAAAUUGAGGUCACACAUAAUCUUACAAGUCUUUUCUCCAACUCCUCAUUCUUCUCCA